ACGUCUCCACCGGUUCACCCCUGCGCAGCCAUAUGGCAGCUGCGACGGCGCCACCGCCGGCGGCGGUUGCCGCCACCCUCUCGGCCCUCAUACGCUGCCAGAAGUUCCGUAGAAGCAGCCCUAGAGCUAUCUACGCGAGAUGCGUCUCCUCCAACGCGAGCGCGGAGGCGGCGGAGCCGGCAGAGAGCCGGAAGGGAGGCCACGGCGGGAUGCGCCUGGAGGAGGCCGUGCCCGUCGGCGAGGGGCGCUCGCGGAUAGACGCCUGGAUAUCGGCGCGUCUCGGCGGCGGGGGCGUCAGCCGCGCGCGCGUGCAGGCCAGCAUCCGCGCGGGGCUCGUCGCCGUCAAUGGCCGCCCGGUCUCCAAGGUUUCACAUACUGUGAAGGGAGGGGACCUGGUCAGCUGCACGGUGUCGGAGCUACAACCGCUGAGGGCAGAGGCGGAGGACAUCCCGCUAGACAUUGUUUACGAGGAUGACCAUGUUCUUGUUGUCAACAAGCCGGCUCAUAUGGUUGUUCACCCGGCACCAGGAAAUGCCAACGGCACAUUAGUCAAUGCUAUACUUCAUCACUGCAAGAUCUCCACAUUUACUUGCUUAGCACGCAGUUCAACUGGUGAUGAAUGCCUGGAUUCUUCAGAUGACGACAUUGAUGUAUUUAAUGUGGAUCAAUUUGCUACUGAAGACGCAAGUUCAGAAGUCCGGAAUGCUCUUGUGCGCCCUGGUAUUGUGCACAGGCUGGAUAAGGGGACAAGCGGACUUCUUGUUGUUGCUAAGGAUGAGCAUUCUCAUGCUCAAUUAGCAGAACAGUUCAAGCUGCAUACAAUUCGUAGAGUAUACAUCAGUCUUACUUGUGGCGUGCCUAAUCCAAAUUCUGGCAGGAUUGAGGCAUCUAUUGCACGUGAUCCUAACAAUAGGAUUCGUAUGAUUGCUAUUGCUGGAUCAGGCCACAGAUAUGCACGGCAUGCUGCUAGUAGGUACAAAGUAAGAGAGGUCUUUGUUGGUGGUGGAUCUGCACUAGUUGAGUGGAGACUAGAGACAGGACGCACUCAUCAGAUCAGGGCGCAUGCAAAGUAUAUAGGGAUCCCUCUUCUUGGUGAUGAAACUUAUGGAGGUACCAAAAGCAUGGCAUUAUCGCUUUUGAGACCAAGGACUCCUUCGAAAUAUCAUAGUGAUCUUUCAAAUCUGAUAUCUAAAGUAGACAGACCAUGUCUUCAUGCUGCAUUGCUUGGGUUCAAGCAUCCACAUUCUGGAAAGAUCCUUGAAUUCUCAUGCCCCCCACCAGAUGAUUUUUCGGAGGUGCUUGAUGAAUUACGGAAAGUUACAUCAAGUGAUGCCCAAAAUGGUGAUGGUGUUGUCUGAUAAUAAUGUUGGUUUGAGUUCUAUUUUAUCAGAGCUGAGUACAGUAAAGUUGUCAUUGAUGGGUUUUGGGGGUUAACUGAAGGCCCAUGGACUUUCAACAUUUUUAGUGAGAGAUGAAACCAAGGCUGAGGAUGUUGAACAAAACAUGAGAACUCUUGAAGAUUUCAUUCAAGACCUAGAAACCAGGUUUAGCUGUGUAUGUGUUUCAUUUAUUUAGGUUUCUAUUUAUUUGGUCACAAUGGUAGCUAAGGACCAGGGAUGUAGAUGCUGGGUAAUCUCAAUUCUGAAGUUUUGCAGUGUUGUGGCUUACCGUGAUUAGUUUCCAUGAUGUAAAAUGUACAGGGCAAAUAGUUUGCACGAUCUUCUGAGUGGGUUGAAAUCUCUUACUCCCAACAUGGUGUUUCUUGGAUUAAAGUCAUCGUUGCCUUAUUGAUACCAGACUAAUGUUUGUCAGCA